AGUUAACGGUCGCGAGAGGCCGCUCACCCGACCCUGAUAUCAGUAGUGGGAGGAGUUGCCAGACUCUCUUGGAAGUUUAGGAUAUUUCACACUUCUGAAUGUUAGCAACUGAAAAUGCCAGUAGACGAUGAAGCAUCUGAAGAUGACUCGGAUUCAGUUUCCACAAACAGUGAAAGAGCCUUUAUUUUCAAAUAGGAGAGUGUAACAAUUUCUGUACACUAUGGAAGAUUUUGACUUGGUGAAAACCUUACAAAAAACUUCAUCUUCUGUAGAAUCUGAUAUCAAAAAUUCUCCCCAUUCUCUUGGACUGAACUUAAAUACUAAUAGAAGUAGUCCCCACCUUAGUACAAAUGGGAUAUCCUCUUUCUCAGGGAAGACCAGACCACCUGUAAUUCAAGGUACAGUUGAAGUCCUAACUUCUUUAAUGCAAGAGCUACAAAACAGUGGAAAGACUGAUUCAGAACUUUGGAAAAACUGUGAGACCAGGUGGUUACAGCUAUUCAAUUUGGUGGAAAAACAAUGCCAAGAACAGAUAGUUGCCCAGCAGGAACAGUUCUACAACCAAAUUCAACGUAUACAGGAGGAGAUAAAAAAUUUAGUCAAAUUACAGACCAGUAAUACUUCCUGGGCUUCCCGUGAUAGGAGUUCUUCAAGCAAACAAGUAUCUUCAGAAAGUCAAAUGGGUUUUUUUUCUGAAAGCAGUGAGAGAAAUGAAUCUAUUAUCAGUUAUCCUAAAUCUAAAGAACCUGAAAUGCAGCAAGAAAUGUCCACAUCACAACCAGACUGCAAUGUGGAUAGUAGCUCAGUGAGCAGUGGGUAUGGUACCUUUUGUGUCUCAGAAUUAAAUACCUACAAAUCUGAAGACCCCAAAGAGUUCAUGGAGCACACAGACAUUUCUAAAGGACAGUAUGUAGCACCUAUGAUGCAGACAGAUUCACUUGUAGAUGGUGUAAAAAACAAGAGUUUUUGUAUACAGACUACUGAAGAGUUUCAUGCAUCUUUAAAGGAAGACAGUUCUUUUUUCCCUGGUGAAUUUGAACAUAAUUUUCUUGGUGAAGAUAAGAUUUCUGAAGUAUACGGUGGAAAAGCAAAUAGUAAAUCUAUAACAUCAUGGGCACAAAAGCUGAAGCAGAAUCAACCAAAGAGAGCACAUAUAGAAGAUGGAUGUCCAAGAUCUAAGCAAGGAAAUGAGCAAAGCAAGAAAACAUCAAUUGAAAAAUCUGAUUUUGCUGCUGCUACACAUCCUUGUGCUUUUUACCUCAGUAAACCAGAUGAAAGUCCAAAUUCUUGGAUCUCUGAUUCAGGAACAGGACUGACUUAUUGGAAACUGGGGGAGAAGGAUAUGUAUCACUCUUUGCCUGAAACUUUAGAGAAGACAUUUGUACCAUCAUCCUCCACAGAUAGGUCACCAUCCCAGUCUAAUACUAGUAAUGAGAUGAAGCUACCAUCACUGAAGGAUAUUUAUCAUAAAAAACAAAGGGAAAACAAGCAGUUACCUGAGAGGAAUCUCACUUCUGCUUCCAACCAAAAUCACCCACCAGAGGUACUGACUCUAGAUCCAACGUUACAUAUGAAGCCAAAUCAGCAGAUUUCAGGGAUUCAACCACGUGGCUUUAUGAAUGUCCUCAAUGACAGAAUAUCCUUUUCACCAGACUCUGUUCUAGAACCUAGUUUGUCUAGUCACUCUGACAUAGACUCACUUUCACAAGCAAGUAAUAUUGCUUCUCAGUUAUCUGGAUUCCCGAAAUAUCCUUCAGAUACAAAAGCUUCACCAAUGGACUCUUGGAAAAAUCAUUCAUUCCAAAAUGAAAGUAGGACCAGUUCCACGUUUCCUUCAGUAUAUACUAUUACUAGUAAUGAUAUCUCAGUCAACACUGUAGAUGAGGAAAACACUGUCAUGAUAGCUUCGGCCUCGGUCAGUCAGUCUCAGCUUCCAGGUACAGCCAACAGUAUCCCAGAAUGCAUUUCAUUGACUUCCUUGGAAGAUCCUGUGCUAUUGUCUAAGAUUAGGCAGAACCUGAAGGAAAAGCAUGCUCGACACAUAGCGGAUCUUCGGGCUUAUUAUGAAUCAGAAAUAAAUAGUUUAAAACAGAAGUUGGAGGCAAAAGAAAUUUCUGCAGUUGAAGAUUGGAAGAAAACAAAUCAAAUUCUUGUAGACAGAUGUGGCCAGUUAGAUAGUGCUCUGAAUGAAGCUACUAGCCGUGUGAGAACACUUGAAAAUAAGAAUAACUUACUGGAAAUAGAAGUGAAUGAUUUGAGAGAACGCUUCAGUGCAGCCAGCAGUGCCUCCAAAAUUUUGCAGGAACGAAUUGAGGAAAUGAGAACAAGUAAUAAAGAAAAAGACAAUACCAUUAUUCGACUAAAAUCUAGAUUGCAGGAUUUAGAAGAAGCCUUUGAGAAUGCUUAUAAACUCUCAGAUGAUAAAGAAGCUAGACUAAAACAAGAAAACAAAAUGUUUCAAGAUCUUUUAGGAGAGUAUGAAUCCCUUGGAAAAGAACAUGGAAGAAUAAAGGAUACGUUAAAUACAACUGAGAACAAAUUGCUUGAUGCACAUACUCAGAUUUCUGAUUUAAAAAGAACGAUUUCAAAACUUGAAGCUCAGGUCAAGCAAGUAGAACACGAAAAUAUGUUAAGUCUUCGUCAUAAUUGUAAUAUUCACAUGAGACCUGCACGUGCCAACACGCUAGCAACUUCAGAUGUCAGCAGGCGGAAGUGGCUGAUACCAGGUGCAGAGUAUUCUAUCUUUACUGGCCAGCCUUUGGACAUCCAGGACAGUAAAGUGGAUAACCAGCUGGAGGAAACCUGUGUCCCUGGGUACGAUUCUCCUCUGGAAAAGGAUUCUUCACUUGGAAGUUCACCAACAAGCUUACUGAUUAAAAAACAGAGAGAGACUUCAGACACACCAAUCAUGAAAGCUUUAAAAGAACUUGAUGAAGAAAAAAUAUUUAAAAAUUGGGGGACACAGACAGAGAAAGAAGACACCUCAAGUAAAUUAGUGAAUCCUCGGCAAAGUGAAGCUUCAGUCAAUGCAAGUCGUUCUCCAGAGAAAUGUGCCCAACAGAGACAAAAGAGACUUAAUUCUGCCUCACAGAGAUCAUCAUCUUUACCACCUUCAAAUCGUAAAUCAAAUACUUCGACAAAAAGAGAGAUUAUGUUAACACCAGUGACUGUGGCUUAUAGUCCAAAGCGAUCUCCUAAAGAAAAUUUGUCCCCAGGAUUUAGUCAUCUACUUAGCAAAAAUGAAAGUAGUCCAAUUCAAUUUGAUAUACUUUUGGAUGAUUUAGAUACUGUUCCUGUGUCUACAUUACAACGUACCAUUCCAAGAAAACAACUCCAGUUUCUUCCUCUAGAUGACUCGGAAGAAAAAAAAUAUUCAGAAAAAGCUGCUGACAACCAUGUUAAUCAUAGCUCUUGCCCCGAACCGAUGCCAAAUGGAAUGAAGAAAGUAUCUGUGAGACCAGUCUGGGAGAAGAAUAAGUCAGUUAGCUAUGAACAGUGUAAGCCUGUUUCAGUGACACCACAGGGUAAUGAUUUUGAAUAUACAGCAAAAAUAAGGACCCUAGCUGAAACGGAGCGAUUUUUUGAUGAACUUACAAAAGAAAAGGACCAGAUUGAGGCAGCACUAAGUCGAAUGCCUUCUCCUGGAGGACGAAUCACUUUACAGACAAGAUUAAAUCAGGAAGCCUUGGAAGAUCGUUUGGAAAGGAUUAAUCGGGAAUUGGGUUCAGUUCGCAUGACACUAAAGAAAUUUCAUGUUUUGCGCACUUCUGCAAAUCUUUGAGAUUUGUAGCCAUUAAAUUUUGAGACGUUGUUUGCACCAAUGUAUAAUUAUGCACUCAGAAAAGGCAAACUAUUUUGUACUGUUUAUAAGCCUUCAAACAGUAGUUUUACAAUCCUGCUAUUCUUACACUUGCUAUUUUAUACUUCAAAUGGCCAC